CUAACCCGGAGGUUCAAAUUGCGCUCUUUCGACGCGAGAAUUAAAGUGAAAAAUAUACAUUAAAAACACAUGCAAGUGUAUUUUUCUGGCUGUAGCACCAGUUGCCUUGCCUCGGUGGGAAUCGUUUUACAGGAACAGCGGCUAGUUUAGGUUCCAGAACGCGUUCCUGAGCUUCAACGGGCCAAGUGUGUUACCGGGAUCAGAAGGCGGAGGCCAGAGGACCAAAUUGGCGGGAGAAUGUUUGUGAUCCACGACCAGAGGCGCGGUAUAACUUCUUGAGGUUCCUGGUCUCGGGAGUAAUGUGAAGAUUCUUGUUCUUCUGGAAGCUGCUAAAACCAAAACAUAAACCAGUGUCAAAGUGGUAACAGAAGAAUUCUUGAGAUAAAGCAUUUUUGCCCUGUACUUGGACAGCUGAUAGGCCUGCCAUGGCUCCUGUGAAGAUCAGUCAUGUGGUGUCAUUUUCCUCUCAGGAUCCCAAGUAUCCUGUGGAGAACUUGCUGAACCCAGAUAGUCAGGGGAGGCCUUGGCUCAGCUGCCCUCAGGACAAGAGUGGGCAACUGAAAGUGGAACUACAGCUGGAGAGGGCAGUGCCCAUUAGCUAUAUUGAUGUAGGUAACUGUGGCUGUGCUUUCCUGCAAAUUGAUGUGGGCCGUUCUUCCUGGUCCCUAGACAGACCUUUCAUCACCCUGCUCCCUGCAACCACACUAAUGUCCCUCACCGAUUCAAAGCAGGGGAAGAACCGCUCAGGGGUCCGCAUGUUUAAAAAUGAUGAUUUCCUGGCUCCAGCCUCAGGAGAAUCAUGGGAUCGACUUCGCCUGACUUGUUCCCAACCGUUCACACGUCAUCAGUCCUUUGGCCUGGCCUUUCUGCGGGUGCGUUCCUCUCUGGACUCCUCAGAUGACCCUGUGAUGGAUCUCUCAGUCCCUGUGAGCUCUGAGCUAAGCCAGGGCUCUUCUGACACUCAGGAGUCACAUCCUCAACCCUGGCUGGCUAAUCCUUCUAUCCGGAGGACAUUCUUCCCAGAACCCCAGACAAGCUCUAAGAAGAUUUCAGAGCUCAAGGAUAUCCUAAAGCAGCUACAACCAGGGACUCUGGGGCGUUCAGCCCAUAUGGUGCUUUCUGCAGCCCGCAGGGCACCUUCAGCCAGUGUGGCAAGCCCAAAGAGCAAUCAUGCAGAACCAGGUCCCAGUCUUCCAAAGAAAGCAGUGCCCAGAGCAGAGGAGGAGGACUCAGAGAAUGAUGUUGGCAGGACAAAGAGACGAAAAAUGCAGGACCAAAGGCCUUUGACCAACUCAAACUCCCAGCUGAACAGGAAGGGGACAGUAAAGGCAAGGCAAAGAGAAUACCAAUCCCAGGCCCAAAACAGUGGUGUCCAGGAUAGUGAACAAUGCCCCAUUUGUGCAGGUUCCUUCAGCAUUGAGAUUCUUCCCCUGCAUGCUGCCACUUGUGGAGAGACCUCCCCGCCUCACCCAGCUUCUCCCUCCUCACCAUCUUCAUCCCAGUCUGUACUGUGGGUGUCCUCCCCAGAGAGUUCACCUCCCAUUUCCUGGGUCCAGUGUCCCAUCUGCCAGUUACAGUUCUCAGCAAGAGAAAUAGAAGAACAUGCCAGUGUGUGUGGGGAGGUUUUUCCAGCGUGAGCCAUGAAAUCCUGUGGUUUGGGCCCCCACUAUGACUAAGACAGAAAAGUAGGUCUCUCACCUCUCACCUCUCUCUCUUUUUGUUGUUGUUUUGUUGUUGUUAUUGUUGUUGCUGGAAUUCAAAGGCCUCAUGUGUCCUAGAAAAGGGCUGUACCGCUGAGCUAUACCCCUAGCCCUGAAAGUGGAUCUCUUGGCAGCUGAGAAGGACUGAUGAAGGCAGUCCUCCCUUCCUCUCUUCAUUUAUUCCCUCAGGACACGCCUAGGGUACCACUGGGCCCAGCUCCCCAUUCCUAGUUGUCAAGGAUCUGUCACCAUGGCACCCAAUUCUCCUAAGAGCAGCUCUGUCCUUUUCCCCCUUGGAACUUUUGGGAUGGAACUGGUAAUCUUUAGGGCCUUGGGAUAAUGUCCAGAAUGUCCUUCCCUCCAGGAAUGGUAUAUAUCCUCAUGUCCAUUUUCCUAAAAGGAAAACUGAGGACUAGUCAAAAGAAAAAUACUGCCUGACAGAUAAGAUCCUAUUGUGUUCUGGAAAGAUAAGUUUUGAGCAUGAGACUGGCUUUUAUAUCCUUAGUUCCUGCCCUAGCUGUAAUCACGUACUGCCAUGUGACUUUAGUACAGUUAUUUAUCUUGGGCCCAGAAUUUACUGUUGUAAACAGAGAAAAUCCCUUUACCUGCUGCUCACAAAGUAGUUAUAGAGCCCACAUAGUUUAAUGACUGGGGAAUAAUGCCAGGGACCUUGCACAAAUCCCAUUGCCCUUAUACACAAUGAGGUAGUUGGACCAGAGGGUCUCCAAGUUCCCUCAAACUAUGAUAGUCCAAGUUCUAUUUCUACCUUUUUUGAGCAACUAUGCACUCUCUCCCUUUUCCCAGAGGAUUUCAUUGUAUGACACUAACACCAGUUUCACUGGUCCCCAGGGCAGGAAGCAGAGGGGGAGCAGCUGGUCCUGGCAAAGGGAGGGCCCGGGGCGGGGUUUUGAAUGAGUGGGAAAGAAGAUACUAGAUGCAUUCAGGGGAGCAGACAGAGGAGGAGUUCAUGCCUUUGGUCCUUUCCUGCAUAGGUGGGUGCAGCCAUGGACCCUCUCACGGUAAGAACCCUCUGCUCCCCUUCCUCCAUCCUACUCCCAUUCCUCAUUAUGGACAAAGCAAUAGAUUGGUGAGUCGGCAGGGGAAGCUUAGCUGCCAGGCAGGUUGUGAGCUUUACUAUGUGAGUGGAAGAGCCCCCAGAGCCUUGAACUGAACCCAAAGGAAGAGCAAUGAGCAUGGGCCUCAAAGAAGAGGGAUAAGGCAGUAAGUACCAAGGAGACAGAAAUGCCCUCCAAAGUAGCAGAGGGCAAAGCGAGAGGGGUUUGUUGGAGAAAAAAACAUGUUGGGAUAUUGGUAGGAGUUCUAUUCAGAGCUGGGGAUGGGUGUUCAUAGUUAAAAAGACCUUCCUGUGUGGACAUGCUUGGACCUGCCCUUUCGAGAAGCUGUGGGACUUCCAGAGGGAUGAGCAGCUGGAAGAUGAAGUCAACAAGAUGGGAGCUGGGUCCUGGCCAGGUCCUUUGUGCCUACAUGUAGGGUUAGGCUCCCUGUGCAGCCCUGCUUUAACCUACCCUUUCUCAGGGCAUCCAUUUGGACCCAAUGUAUUUAGGUCCCUGUGAAGGUGGAAGUUAAACUAAGGACAAGGACCGGCUCAGAUCCAUUCUGGCACUAUCUCUUUCACUAACAUGAGAAUCUACCCAAUAAAAUGGUGAAUAAGAGA